AUAAUAAAAUAGAUAAUCUUUAUUCAUAACCAUAUAAAUAAAUAUAUACCUACCUAUGUAUAUAUAAGUAUAUACCCACCCAUGUCGAAAGCUACGAUUACAGCAACCUUCCCUUCAGUCGAAGAUGUGGCCAAAAGCCCGGCAUUCCCGACGGUGAUGUGGCAGCUUGAGCCACAUCGAUCCGGCCUCUUACCUGUUGCUGCUAGAAGAGGUGGGCCAUUAAAUAUCAGUUGGGAAGUUCAUGGAGAUGGUCCCGUGAAACUAAUACUUAUUAGUGGUCUCGGAUUUUUCAAAGCCGCCUUCCAGAGGCAGACGAUGUAUUUCGGACAUAUGCAUGGGUCGCAGUAUUCUGUUCUGAUCCUUGACAAUCGAGGGAUGGGUGGAUCCGAUAAACCAUUAAUGCGAUAUAGCACGUCGGAGAUGGCACGGGAUAUUAUAGAAGUUGCUGAUCACAUAGGAUGGACAUCACCGCGGCAGCUGCACGUGUGUGGCAUUAGUAUGGGCGGUAUGAUCGCCCAGGAGUUAGGCUACCUAGUGCCGAACCGUAUCGCCACCCUGAGCCUGAUUUGUACGGCGGCCCGGAUUGAGAACACCACUUCCUUCACUGAAAAUAUGGUGAACCGCGUUACCAUGCUAUUACCCAAGAGCAUGGACCGAAGCGUACAGUAUGCGGCCGAGGCCAUCUUUCCUCCGAACUAUUUAGCCGGCUCAGACAACGCCUCGGUCCCAGAUGAGUCAGUGCCGAAAUGCAAAAUCCCAACCGGGGGAUACGGCAGGUUCGGGAGCAAUUAUGAGCGCUUUGCCGCCCAGGAGAUUACGAAGCAGAGAGACAAGGAUGGUUUCACCAAGAAGGGGUUCUUGCUACAACUGAUCGCGGCUGGGUGGCAUAAUAAAAGCCCUGAGCAGCUGACAGACCUGGGCGACAGCGUAGGGCGUAAGAGAAUCCUCGUCUUGCAUGGAACCGACGAUGGAAUGAUUUCGCCCCAUCAUGGUCAGAAACUGAUAGAGUACCUAAAACCAGGCCAGGGCUUAAUAGUUGAUGGGCUGGGUCACGCACCUAUUAAUGAGAGAACAUCAUGGUUUAACGAAUUACUCGAGGGACAAUGCUCGUUAGGCGAGAAACUCAACGAGCAAUGAAGGGAACUGAGUGCUCGUGUAGAGGUAUACAAGAUUAUAUA